ACGAAGAAGACACUAGAACAAAAAAGAGUGAUCAAAUUAUUCAUCACAUCAAUCUUUUCUCUUUUAAAUUAUUAUUAAUCAGAGAUUAAUAAUAUGCCUAUUAGCAGGAUCUCCGUCGGAACCACCGAUGAAGUCCGCCACCCCAACACCUUAAAGGCGGGGUUGGCGGAGUUCAUCUCCACCCUUAUUUUUGUUUUUGCUGGCCAAGGUUCUGGUAUGGCUUUCGCCAAGCUUACCGCUGGAGCCGCUGCGACUCCAGCGGGGCUUGUGGCCGCUUCCAUUGCCCAUGCGUUUGCCCUUUUCGUUGCCGUGUCUGUCGGAGCUAACAUCUCCGGUGGACAUGUUAACCCUGCUGUGACUUUUGGUGCAUUUAUUGGUGGUAACAUUUCUCUUCUUAAUGGAAUUGUUUACUGGAUUGCUCAACUUGCUGGCUCCUCUGUUGCUUGCUUGUUGCUUAAGUUCGCCACUGGUGGCUUGGAAACAUCUGCCUUUGCUCUAUCCGAAAACGUGACCGUAUGGAACGCCCUAGUCUUUGAGAUUGUGAUGACCUUCGGACUAGUGUACACCGUGUACGCCACCGCCGUCGACCCCAAGAAGGGCAACAUUGGAAUCAUUGCUCCACUAGCCAUUGGUCUCAUUGUUGGCGCCAACAUCCUAGCCGGUGGCGCAUUCGACGGUGCCUCAAUGAACCCCGCCGUGUCAUUUGGCCCAGCCUUGGUCAGCUGGAGCUGGAACAACCACUGGGUGUACUGGGCUGGACCCCUCAUCGGUGGUGGACUCGCCGGUCUUAUCUACGAGUUCAUCUUCAUUGGAGGCCAAGAGGCUGCCCCUGCUGAUUACCAGAGAUUAUCUGCUUAAUUAAGUUGAUUAUGUGAAAAUUUGAAGAUGGAACUUUGUUUUUUAUCUUAGUGUUUUUUUUUUUUUUUUUUUUUUUUUUUUUUUUUUUUUUUUUUUUUUUUUUUUGUUUAAUGGGUUAUUUUGGUUGUUCUUGUAUCAUUUGAGAGUUUGAAUUUGUGGGGCUCUUUUUAAUGUGACAAUUCUUCAAAUCAUGGUGGUAAUUAAUUUAUAAUGUGGGUCGUCGUCUUUCAUAAUCGUCACUAUCAUAUUAUGAGAUUCCUUUAUAUUUAUUGAGUAUAUAUAUGUAGUGGAUUUAAUGGAUAGUGAGGUUUUUGGAGGCUACUCUUGUGGUUGUUCUAUUUUUAAAUUCAAGUAAUAUUAUCUUCUAUUUUUAA